GCCCCAUCCAGCUACCAAUUUCUCAGAAUGUAAUUGGCAACAUUUACAAUCUCGGUGAGAUUCCUGUACAUGUACGUCGGCCCUGGUUGAAUGUGGUGCCAGUGGCAAGAGUCUGAUUCGUGCGUGCCUCGGAUUAUUUGCCGGUGUCACUUCGAGGACGACGAGUCGAAUUUGUCCGACAAGGAUGCGGUUCCGUGUCAACGUUGUAAAUAAAGAGCGACAAGACGAGGUCAGUCUCUACGUGUGGCGCUCUCUAUUGAUACUGUCACUAUACGGAGACCUGGCUUCGCUCGAGUCUCAAUUCCCAGACGUCGUCUACACGCGAAAGUGAUGACCAGGUUAUGUCGGUCAGAUGGGAUUAAUCGGUCUCACAAACAGCAAAACGUAGCGUGCAACCGAACGAAAUAUCCAGGCUUCCCACAAUUUCGCCUGUGCGUACAGAGUGCAACUGAAUUCAAAUCCUGACCUCAGUUUCAUAUGAUAGAGCUCUCCCACACAGUUCACCAGUUCAUUCUCCAUUUUGCUGCUCGACCGUGACGAGAAGCUACCGGAUACUGACUUCCUCUGGACCUCAGUACAUACCUCUCUCUUCCAACUCAACACUAGUAAUGGCUUUCGGUUCUCGUGUCCGCGGCCUUUGCGUCGCUGCUGCUCUGUGCACUGCCAUCGCCGUCUCCCCCACUGAUGCGUGGGUCCCUCCGAUCAUCACCAAAGGCAACAAGUUCUUCGAUUCCAAGACUGGACUCGAGUUCCGCAUGAAGGGAAUGGCCUACUACCCCCGACCCAACAGUGGAGAAAUGGCCGAGGUCAGUAACUACGACUGGGCAGCGGAUGAGCACGAGGCUGUGUGGAAACCUCACCUGGAGGUGAUGAAGGACCUUGGUGUCAACACGAUUCGUCUGUACUCGGUGGACCCGAGCAAAACGCACGACAAGUUCAUGUGCGCAUGCUCAAACGCAGGCAUCUACGUGCUUGUAGGCAUUACAGCUCCAUGCGAGAACUGCUCGGUGCUAGACUACGUGCCGCCCAAAUGCUACCCGAAGGACCUGUUCACUCGUGCGCAGAUGGUGUACAACGCGUUCGCUGUGUACGACAACACCCUUGGCUUCAGUGUCGGUAACGAGAACAACCUGCAGGUCGAGAAUGGCGCUCACGGUACGACCACAGCCCCGUGUGUCAAGGCCUUCCUGCGUGACACUCGUAGUUACGCUGCGAGCUGCUCGGGCUCGGUGCGUCAGGUGCCGAUUGGCCUGGACAUCGCCGAUAUUCCUCCUCGUGAGCAGUGGAUCUCGUACUACGACUGCGCUAUCGACGAUGAUGAGAACACGCGCGCCGAGUGGAUGGGAUUCAACCCGUACGUCGAGUGUGACCCCGCCACUCACCUCAAGUACUCGCAGUCGACGGGACUUAAGAAGCUCAUGUCGGAGUACGCCAAGGUGGGCUACGCUCGUCCGCUGAUGUUCGGCGAGUUCGGUUGCAACAAGGGAGUCAACACGAUCGACGGCUACGAGAACCAGCGCUCGUUCCUCGAUGCUCAGUGGAUGAACGAGGAGAAGGAAAUGACCGACGAGAUUGUCGGCGGUAACGUGUUCGAGUUCACCACGGAGAUUGCCAACUUGGUUGAGAGCAAGACUCUUACCAAGACGGGAGACGCUGGUAAGUACGGUGUUGGCUACUUCCUGCCGAAAGACUGCGACAACGAGCUCACCGAGUGCGUCUUCACGCCCUACCCGGAGUACGACAACCUCAAGAAGGCGUACACGAGCACCAAGAACUCGACGGUUGAGCACGACAGCUACGAGCCUACGCGUGACACUAUCCUGUCGUGCCCCAAGAACAUCUCGAGCGAACUGCCGCCCACGCCCAAGGUCCCCGUUCUCGAGUGCACGAUCACGCAGCCAGUGUGCAACGGCGUGAAGGCCAACAGCUACGAGCACUUCUCACCCAGCACCGCUGUAGGUGAGAAGCGGAAACCGUCGAACGAAGAGAACGCUGACACCGCUGCCGCCGUCACGGACGCCACGGCGGGAAGCAGCGGCGCUAGCGCGACGGCUUCAGCCGCAGCACUCGUCUUGUCCGUGGCCACGGUUGCCGCCACUGCCCUGUCCGUCUUCUAGAGCCUUCGGACUGGUACGCGAGAGCCUUUCGUUAAGCGGAAGUCGUCCAUUAAUGUGCAUAACGUGGUUGAAACAACGUGCUAAAGUGUACAAUUAAACAAAAACGUCAGUAACUAAAAGUCUGAUACCAUCGCCUGUCCCUUUCUAAGAGCCUUUCCGGAAAUGAUAACAACUUGGCUUUCCUUCA